AACGCUAAUUCAUUUCCAAAACAAUUACGUAUUAAAAUAAUGUAAGUUUACUCUCUUAAUUUACUUUAUUUUAAUUCGUCCUUUCUGUUUUAGCGGUUCACUUUCAUCCAUUUGUUAAUAUUUUGUGCUUAUCGCCUAGCACUUAGCGUUUCCAGAUUUUGAUCAGUUUUGAGAAAACGAAAUUGCUGUGAAAAAAGGAAAACGAUGUCGUCGAAUAUAAUUCCCGACACUGAUGGAUCGCCUUCCAGAAUUGUAUUGAAGGAGCAUACUGGAUCAACUGCUGAGGUGCUUUUUCAGGGAGGGCAGGUUGUUUCUUGGAAGAAUGAACGAAGAGAAGAACUGCUGUUCAGGAGUAAUAAGACCCUGUGGAAACCUCCUAAAGCCAUCAGAGGCGGAAUACCUAUCAGCUUCCCACAGUUUGGAAUUUUUGGUUCUUUAGAGCGACAUGGUUUUGCAAGAAACAGAGUUUGGUCAUUGGACGAUUCUCCUUCUCCUCUACCUGCAGCAAACAGUCAGUCAACUGUGGAUCUCAUCUUGAAAUCCACAGAAGAGGAUCUGAAGACUUGGCCUCAUAGGUUUGAGCUGCGGCUACGUAUUUCUGUCAGUGCUGGCAAGCUGACUUUGAUCCCUCGUGUGAGGAAUAUAGAUAACAAGCCAUUCUCAUUCACGUUCUCACUGCGCAAUUAUUUAUCUGUUUCUGAUAUCAGUGAAGUGCGGGUUGAGGGCUUGGAGACACUUGACUACUUCGAGAAUUUGCAGCAGGGUGAAAGGUACACAGAGCAGGCAGAUGCAAUUACAUUUGAUAGUGAGAUUGAUAGGGUAUAUCUGAGCACACCAACAAAAAUUGCCAUAAUAGACCAUGAGAAGAAGAGAACUUAUGUCCUUCAGAAAGAAGGAAUGGCAGAUGCUGUUGUUUGGAAUCCUUGGGACAAAAAGGCCAAGUCUCUCCCCGAUUUAGGUGAUGAAGAUUACAAGAAGAUGCUAUGUGUGGAUUCUGCUGCUGUUGAAACUCCGAUUAUCUUAAAACCCUCUGAGGAGUGGAAGGGGCGGCAAGAGCUUUCUACUGUAUCGUCAAGUUACUGCAGUGGGCAAUUGGACCCUAGGAGAGUUCUUUAUGGCCUUACCUAAUCUCAUCCAUGGUGUGAUUGAGGUGCUAUAUCUAAGAGUUUAUUUAUGUAUACUAUAUGCGCCUUUUGCUAUUCCACAAACACAUAUUCAUGUUUAGUUUGUCAGUUUCUGAAGGGUUAACUUUAACAUUAUGGAUCUAUUUUAUGAGCACAUAAUUGCUGUUGCA